UUGCAUUCGGUGAAACAGGGCGGACAACAUGAAGGUUGCAAUCUUCUACCCUGAAAAUGGGGUUGAGAGGGAACUUUAGAUCAGCUAUGAUUGAAUGGUGGUGUAGUCUUGGUGGGCUGAAUGGCCUAAUUCUGCUCCUAGAAUCUAUUAAUUUAUGAAUAGCAGAUCAAAACAUAUCCCAGUGCAUUUUCCCCCACAGAGAUGAACUAAAGAGUAAUUUAGUAAAAGAGCAAUGAUUCCAAUCCAAAUGGCUCAAUGAAAUGACUAGCUGCUAGCUUUUCUUGACAUUGUCGAGGGGAAGGUAUUAGCCUGGACUUUGGAAGAACUCCCAAUUUACUGUUGUAGAAUGUUUGACUGGAGACAAUGAAAUCAACAAAAAAGUUUGUCAUGUGCUUUGAAGGCCUGCAACUUUACAAACAGGAUUGAUAAAUCACCCAAAGAAACUCUUGUCGAAACGAAGAUAUAUAGUGAUUUCUGGUAGGAUGAAAAUGAAUAUAAAAAAACUACAGAUUGAGAAAUAAAGAGAAAAUGCUGGUCAGGCAGCAUCAAUGGAACGAGAAGCAGAGUUAACACUUUGGAUAUUCUGAGAUUCCAAGAGCAUCCAGCACAGAAACACACUGCACCAACUAUCGGCUACCCAUUUAUAUUAAAUUGACAUCAAUCUCAUUUAGGCACAGAAAGCUGGAGUAUCUCAGCAGGCCAGGCAGCCUUUCUGGAGAAAAUAAAUAGGUGAUGUUUCGGGUCGUUCAGUAUCGUCAUGUCUGAAGAAGGUUCUCGACCCGAAGCAUCACCUAUUCCUUUUCUCCAGUGAUGCUGCCUGACCCGCUGAGUCAAUCCAGCUUUUUAUAUCUAUCUGGUUCAAACCAGCAUUUGCAGUUCCUCCCUACACUUAACCUCAUUUAGUUCUCCCUACACUCUAUUAAACGCACCAUAGAUUCUACCACUCGCUUACGCACCAGGGGUUAAGGGACAGUUAGCCUUGGCUAAUUAACCCAUUGGCGGACUAGCCAAUGAAAUUCUCCAUUGCUUGGAAUGAUCAUGGCUAACCACCAAUCCUGCAUAUCUCGAGGGUGUGGGAGGAAACCGGAGAUCUGUGAGUGGUCAAAGGGGAAUCCUGCACACUCCACACAGGCAACGCCUACAGUCAGGUUUGAACCUAGUUUAUGAUGCUGCAAGACAGCAUCAGCGCAGCCAGCUGUGUGUUGUCAUCUCUAGAUGGUCUAUGUGAGUUUAAUUAAUUCAUCACGGACUACAGAUCAAAUCAUAAAUCUCACUGUUGAAAUAUAUAUUUCAGGAGAGUUUUUAUUGUGCAUUACAGCACUGAGCUAAACUGUAUAUCAUUGAUCUUCUUUCCAGCAGGAAUUCACCCAAGAUUUUGCCAAAUGUCCUUGGUCAAAUUGGUAAAACUCCCCUUAUUCGAAUCAAUAAUAUUGCAAAAGAGUAUGGAAUUAAAUGUGAACUAUGUAAGUAAUGUGGUCACUAUCUCUCAUGAAUGAAUGUAAACUCUUCCAUGUGAUGUUUCUACAUAUUAGCCUUGGCAAUGAAUGGUGUAAGCACUGCACAUCAGUAUGCAUGCACCUUCACUGUGUAUACCACUGCAAACUUUCUAGGAUGUUGGCCAUUGGAUGCAUAACAUUUGUUAGAUUAUAUUUACAUUGUCUCUAGUUCAACUACUUUGCCUAUAUCUCUUUAUUUUCUUUAUUCUCCGCUCUUCAUUUCCUUUAUCUAUCCUUACAUUUUCCUGAUCUUUCAUUGUAGAGACAUGCAGAAUAUUUUACCUUUGUUCAAUGCCUCUUUCAAACUUAUUCUCAUGACAAUUUCUUAAAUUCUUCAGGUGAAUUUUAAAUUUCUUUUAACACUCAGACUGGUUCGGUCAUUUUUGGAAUAUUAUAAAUAUUUUCAUUCAAUUUCAUAGCUAAAUCCCUUUCUCAUUCAUGGUUGAACUACUUUUCUUGUGCGAGUUUCUUAAGAAAAUAAAUAUUUAUUUUGAAUUACAAUUUCAUUCUUUAAAUAUUUGUCAAUAUCUAUCUUUUUGUCUUUUCAUCUCUUUAAGUGCUCUUUAUGUGGCGACUAUUGCAUACCUUGGGUGCAAAGAAUAUCACUGUGACUAGUCGCAUGUGACAAUAAAGUAUUCAUUCAUUCCUUCAUGUUUGAUACAACUUGCCCCGUGUGCUUAUCAAGACAUACAUAACCCAAUUUCCAUGUUGACCAAGAUGUUUUCCUGGGCUAGUCCCAUGUGCUUUCCUGUUGAUGCAGUCACAUAGUUGUGCUAAUAACUGUUCUAGUGGCGAAGUGUGAGUUCUUCAGCGCUGCUGGGAGCAUUAAGGACCGCAUUGCUUUACGGAUGAUUGAAGAUGCCGAACAGCAAGGCAUUCUGAAACCAGGUGUUGUCAUUAUCGAACCGACCUCAGGUAACACAGGUACGGCGUCAUCUUACAGUGAGCUUCUGGCCAAUUUUCAAGGUUUUAUUCUGAAGAAUCGUUUUCUUUUGCUCCUUCUCCACUGCACCCAUGGAUACCAGCCAGUUCUGUUGCAAGAAACGUCACGUUUAGCUGAUUAGAUCUUCGUCAAUUUUUAAGAAUGUUAGUACACCAGGAGUUAAAGUGCAUUCUUGCUAUAGAUCUGUAGAACUGUAAGUCUCGAAUUAAAUGACUCCCACUUUGGGAAACACAUACUUCUCUUUACGCUUCCAUACCAGUCAAUCAGGGAAAAUCAUGGUGAGGAGUCAAAAGGUCAAACCCAUACCUAACGUUCCAGAAAAAUGUAGUGAGAUUAAAAGGGGUCAUGGGUUGGAGGGUUUUAGGACAUGUCACUGUAAAAUGCUUUAACUAUUUUCAUUUUUCCACAGGACUUGGACUGGGGUUAGUAGCUGCGGUGAAAGGAUAUCGCUGCAUUAUUGUCAUGCCAGAAAAGAUGAGUUUAGAAAAGGUAAAGGUACCGGGGGGGGAAUUUUAAAAAAGGUUCAUUUAUUAUGCUAAGCUUCAAUUUAUUUGAGGCAGCAACUCUUGGGGUUGUGAAUCAAUGUUAAAGCAUAUGCCAAACUAUAGAUAGUCACAAAAUGCUGGAGUAACACAGCAGGUCAGGCAGCAUCUCUGGAGAAAAGGAGUGAGUCUUGUUUUGACUGCACAAAGCGUCAGUGAAACUAUAGCUAGAACACCCAAAAAGGAUUUCCCGUCAGCAUUAAAAUUUAAAUGGCAUGGAAUUUCCUGCCCAUUAGUGUGUCUUGCUACACCAGCAAGCUUUUAUAGAAAAAGCUGUGCCUCUUCAAACAUCUGGCUUUUAUACAAUAGACAAUAGGUGCAUGAGUAGGGCAUUCGGUCCUUUGAGCCAGCACUGCCAUUCACUGUGAUCAUGGCUGAUCAUUCACAAUCAGUACCCAUUCCUGCCUUCUCUCCAUAAUCCCUUGACUCCACUAUCUUCAUGAGCUCUAUCUAACUCUCUCUUGAAAGCAUCCAGAGAAUCAGCCUCCACCGCCUCUGAGGCAGAGAAUUCCACAGAUUCACAACUUUCUAAUGUGAAAAAGAUUUCCUAAUCUCCAUUCUAAAUGGCCUACCACUUAUUCUUAAACUGUGACCCCUGCUUCUGGAUUCCCCCAACAUCGGGAACGUUUCCUGCCUCUAGCGUGUCCAAUCCCUUAAUAAUCUUAUCUGUUUCAAUAAGAUCCACUCUCAUCCUUCCAAAUUCUUGGACCUUCAUUCCUUUAGCUCCAUUUACUCAAGUCUUCUUCUUGCGUAUGGCGUACACAGCCUAAAGUUGUAGGUCAACUUGUUCUAUUUGAUCUUGUUUGCUAGCAUUAGUCGAAACAGGGUGGACCACGCGAAGGUUGCAAUCUCCCACCCCAUUUACUCAGGUGCUUUCAUUUUAUGCAGGUUGAUAUGUUGAAAUCAUUGGGGGUGGAAAUUGUGAGAACACCAGAUACAGCAAACUGUACUGGCCCCGACUCACAUAUUGAAAUGGCCUGGAGAUUGAAGAAAGAGAUUCCAAACUCUCUUGUGUUUGAUCAGUAUCAAAACCAAGGCAAUCCACUUGCACAUUAUGACACAACGGCAGAGGAAAUUCUGGAUCAAUGUGAUGGUCACGUUGAUGCUUUGGUAGCAGGAUCUGGAACUGGCGGUACCAUCACUGGCAUUGCAUGGAAAUUCAAGGAGAAAUGUCCCACCUGCCAGAUCAUUGCUGUUGACCCCGAAGGUUCAAAUGUGGCUGAACCGAAAGAACUUAACAAAACGAGUGUGACUUCAUUUGAAGUGGAAGGGAUUGGUCAUAAUUUUACACCUGCAGUACUGGACAGAAAAGUGAUUGACAAAUGGAUAAAGACUAAUGAUGAGGAAGCUUUUGCAAUGGCACGGAAGCUAAUCAGGAAAGAAGGAUUGCUUUGUGGUGGAAGUUCUGGCAGUGCCAUGUGUGCAGGUAUUGCAGUAGCAAAAGAUUUGAAAGAAGGCCAACGCUGUGUUGUGAUACUCCCAGACACCAUCCGGAAUUACAUGCAAGUCUUUAAAAUGAUUUAUUCCUUACAUUGACCGGUUGUAAAGAAUGUGAUCUUUACUCAAACACUCGAGUUCCUGAAGGGCUCAGUAUAGAGUUCCACUGAUGCUAGAUCUGCCGAGAGAUUUUGGAGAUAAGUAAUGGGCCAGGACUUCCUGGAUAAUGCCAGUAGUUCCAAGGCGCUGUGUUUAAAAUACCAGGACGUUCAGUACCUGCAUGUGUCAAGGGCCAAACCUCGCAUUGAAUUAGUGACUCCUCUUCCUCACUGGCGUGGAAUAUAAUGCGAAGAACAAACUGACCUCUGUCCACCAAGGUCUGUUGGAUCUCUCGGUUGUUACCUUGUUAACUCCACUUCCAUGUUCAAACCAACUUUUCUGUCCUUGUCCACUUCCAUUACCAGAGUGUGGCCACAUGCAAAAUGGAGGACCAGCACCUCUUAUUCCGCUUGGUAGCUUACAACCCAAUGGUAUGAACAUGGAAUUCUCCAACGUAAUGUGUUUCCAGCCCCCCAUCCCAGUGUGCUUGGUGUACUUCCAUUUCUCCCAUCUUCACUCAUUUCACUCCACCCCAUCAUCCAGCCCCAUUCCUAUCAUUGGAUACUCAUGCUGAAAAAACAUAGAUGACACAAGGUUCCCUGACAUUCCAUGAGCUCAGGUCCACCUGCAUUCAUCAAUAAAGGUAGCCUUGCUCCACUGAUUUAAGCAGCCGACUAUUUGAAACAUCUCUCUAUCUGUUUCCUGAUGUGGCACCUUCCUUAAAUAAGCCAGAACCUCACAUAGAACUGUGGGGUCCUCGCUCCGCAGGUG